AUUGGUUAGUGUGCAUUUUUCAGCCAAAAGAGCACAACAAGACAAGGUUUUUGGAGUACAUUUAGUUGAAGUUUGUUGAUUGAGCUCAGAGUUUUGUUUGGAGAGUAGAAAUGGAGGAAACACUGAAAAAUGGGAUCUUGGUUUUUGCUGUCAAUGGAAAAAGAUAUGAGCUUCCUAGUGUUGACCCUUCAACUACUUUGCUUCAGUUUUUGCGCACUGAAACUUGCUUCAAAAGUCCCAAGUUAGGCUGUGGUGAAGGUGGUUGUGGUGCUUGUGUUGUUCUUCUCUCAAAGUAUGAUCCCCAGCUUAAACGGGUUGAAGAUUUUAGUGUGAGUUCAUGCCUUACGCUUCUUUGCAGUUUAAAUGGUUGCGGAAUUACUACAAGUGAUGGCCUUGGAAACAACAAGGAUGGUUUCCACUCAAUUCAUGAAAGGUUUGCAGGUUUUCAUGCUUCUCAAUGUGGAUUUUGCACUCCAGGAAUGUGUAUGUCCUUUGUCUCGGCUCUUAUCAACGCUGAUAAAGCAAACCAUACAGAUCCUUCACCAGGAUUCUCUAAGUUGACUGCAGCUGAAGCUGAAAAGUCUAUAGCAGGGAACCUUUGUCGUUGUACUGGAUACCGUCCCAUUGCUGAUGCCUGCAAGACUUUUGCUGCAGAUGUUGAUAUAGAGGAUUUGGGGCUCAAUUCUUUUUGGAAAAAGGAAGAUUCCAGGGAUAUGAAGGUGAGUAAGUUACCUCCCUAUGAUCCAAGUAAGAACUUGAAUUUUAGUACAUUUCCUCGAUUCUUGACAAGUGAACCUGCAGCAUAUUUGGACUCCAGAAAGUAUCCAUGGGAUACUCCUGCUUCUGUUGAUGAGCUUCGAAGUUUGUUGCAAUCCAAUUUGGCUGAAAAUGGGGCAAGAAUUAAGCUGGUUGUUGGUAACACAGGCACUGGAUAUUACAAGGAAACCCAGAGAUAUGACCGAUACAUUGAUCUGAGAUAUAUCCCUGAGCUUUCAAUCAUCAGAUUUGAUCACAUAGGAAUUGAAGUAGGGGCUGCUGUGACUAUCUCUAAACUUAUUUCAUUUUUGAAGGAGGAAAACAAAAUCAAUUUGAGUUCAUACGGAAAGCUGGUUAGUCAAAAAUUGGCUCAGCACAUGGAGAAGAUUGCUUCACCGUUCGUUAGAAACUCAGCUAGUGUUGGGGGAAAUUUGGUUAUGGCACAGAAAAACGGUUUCCCUUCCGAUAUUGCUACAUUAUUUCUUGGUCUGGGUGCUACUAUCUGUGUAAUGACUAGUCAAGGACAUGAAAAACUCACAUUUGAGGAGUUCUUAGCGAGACCACUGCUAGACUCGAGGAGUGUGCUGCUUACUCUUUUGAUUCCAUUUAAAAAGGAAGGAAGUUCAACCUGUUCUAAGUUUUUGUUUGAAACCUAUCGAGCUUCACCACGACCUCUUGGAAAUGCAUUGGCAUAUGUACAUGCUGCUUUCCUUGCUGAUGUUUCUUCCCACGGGAAUGGGAUCCUGAUAAAUGUUAUCCAGUUGGCUUUUGGUGCUUAUGGCACAAAACAUCCGACAAGAGCCAAACAAGUAGAAGAAUAUCUAACCGGGAAGAUAUUAAGCAUUAAUGUAUUAUCGGAAGCACUUAAAUUAGUCAAACAAGCUGUGGUACCUGAAGAUGGCACUACACACCCAGAUUACAGAUCAAGCAUGGUAGUCAGUUUUCUUUUCAAGUUUCUUUUUUGCUUCACCAAUGUUGGUCCCAUGAUAUCUGGUGGUUUGUUAAAUGGGAUUACUUUGGUAGAGGAGGUCUCGGAAAGUAACAAAGAUGGUUAUAUUAGUGAAGGGAAACCACACACACUAUUAUCUUCUGCUAAGCAGGUCGUGGAAUCAAGCAAAGAGUACCAUCCAGUGGGUGAACCAAUGAAAAAAAUUGGAGCCUCCAUGCAAGCUUCUGGUGAAGCUGUUUAUGUAGAUGACAUUCCAUCACCACCAAACUGCCUAUAUGGAGCAUUUAUCUAUAGUACAAGACCAUUAGCAGGGGUAAAGGGCAUCCACUUUGGGUCCAAUUCAUUACCUGAUGGAGUUGCUGCCAUUAUUACUUUUAAAGAUAUCCCGAGCGGAGGGGCAAAUGUAGGAUCUAAGACCAUUUUUGCUCCCGAGCCUUUAUUUGCAGAUGAUCUCGCCCGAUAUGCUGGUGACCGAAUUGCUUUUGUGGUUGCUGACAGUCAGAGGUCUGCAGAUGUGGUUGCAAGCAUGGCCAUUGUUGAAUAUGACACUGAAAAUAUAGAUUCUCCGAUUUUAACUGUUGAGGAAGCCGUUCAGAGAUCCAGUUUUUUCCAAGUCCCACCAUUUUUUUAUCCAAAACAAGUUGGUGAUUUCUCAAAAGGAAUGACUGAAGCUGACCACAAGAUUCUCUCUGCUGAGACGAGACUUGGGUCUCAGUACUAUUUUUAUAUGGAGACACAAACUGCUCUAGCAGUUCCAGAUGAAGAUAACUGUAUGGUUGUCUAUGCAUCAAGUCAGUGCCCUGAAUACACAGGUAGUGCAAUUGCUAGUUGUCUUGGUGUCCCUGAGCAUAACAUCCGUGUCGUCACAAGAAGGGUUGGAGGUGGCUUUGGAGGCAAGGCAGUGAAAGCAAUGAUUGUCUCCACAGCUUGUGCACUUGCAGCGCUCAAGUUACAACUCCCUGUCAGGAUGUACCUCAACCGAAAGACUGACAUGAUAAUGGCAGGAGGGAGACACCCUAUGAAAAUAACAUACAGUGUUGGAUUUAAGUCGAAUGGCAAAAUCACCGCCUUACAUCUUGAUUUAUUGGUAAAUGCUGGGAUCACUGAAGAUAUAAGCCCUGUGAUACCUUCAAACUUUAUCGGGGCUCUCAAAAAAUAUGAUUGGGGUGCCUUGUCUUUUGAUGUAAAAGUAUGUAAGACGAACCUUACCAGCAAAUCAGCUAUGCGUGGCCCGGGGGAGGUGCAAGGAUCUUAUAUUGCCGAAGCUAUAAUGGAACAUGUAGCAAGUGUACUGUCUCUGGAGGUGGACUCCGUUAGAAACCAAAAUGUUCAUACCUUUGAAAGUCUAAAAUUAUUCUAUGAGGAUUGUGCAGGAGAUAUAGGUGAUUAUACUUUGCCAGGUAUCAUUGAUAAGUUGGCGACGUCCUCAAAUUUUGUCCGGAGAACUGAGAUGAUAGAACAAUAUAACCAGAAGAAUAUAUGGAAGAAAAGGGGAAUUUCUCGAGUGCCACUUGUUUAUGAAUCUGUACAACGACCAACGCCUGGAAAAGUAAGCAUUCUUUCGGACGGAUCAGUAGUUGUAGAGGUUGGAGGUAUUGAAAUCGGCCAGGGGCUAUGGACAAAGGUCAAACAAAUGACUGCCUAUGGUCUUAGCUUAAUUGAAAGUAGUUGGAGUGAAGAACUUGUGGAGAAAGUACGUGUCAUACAAGCAGACACUUUAAGUUUAGUGCAAGGCGGGUUUACUGCUGGAAGCACUACAUCUGAAUCGAGCUGUGAAGCAGUCAGACUGUGCUGCAAAAUAUUAGUUGAAAGACUAACCCCUCUGAAGAAGAAUUUGCAAGAACAAAAUGGUGCGGUUGAUUGGACUACACUGAUUCACCAGGCAAAAUUUCAAGCGAUAAACUUAUCAGCAAACUCUUAUUAUGUACCGGAAUUCAGCUCCAUGAAAUAUCUGAACUACGGUGCUGCUGUCAGCGAGGUGGAGAUAGACAUCCUGACAGGAGAAACAAAAAUUUUGCAAACAGAUAUUAUAUAUGACUGUGGACAGAGUUUGAACCCAGCUGUUGAUAUGGGACAGAUCGAAGGGGCUUUUGUACAAGGGAUUGGAUUUUUUAUGCUCGAAGAAUAUCUUACAAACACAGACGGAUUGGUUGUUACAGAUAGCACUUGGACAUAUAAGAUCCCCACAAUCGACACAAUACCCAAAAGUUUCAAUGUUCAAGUGCUAAACAGUGGACAUCACGAGAAACGUGUUCUCUCGUCUAAAGCAUCUGGUGAACCGCCACUGCUUUUGGCGUCCUCAGUUCAUUGUGCAACAAGAGCAGCCAUUAAAGCAGCACGAAAACAGCUUAAACUUUGGGGUAAGCUCGACGAGUCAGAUACAGAUUUCUAUCUGGAUGUCCCUGCAACAUUGCCUGUAGUGAAGACACAGUGUGGCCUGAAUUAUGUGGAAAAAUACUUGGAAACUUUGCUUGAUCUGAAAUCUAGCUAAAUGCUUGAUUUCUAGCGAUUGCGAGACACGUUGUUGUCUGGAUCUAUGUUUAUUCAGACUCUGCAAAAAUAUUGUCGUACUCAUGUCAGAUUCACUUUUGGAGGAUCUGAUAUGGACCAAUCAACAUUUUUGAAGAGUACGAGUAACAUAGACUUAUAGGUUACUCAUUUAGCUUGAUAAAAGGACUUGCUUUGUUAUGUUCCAUCAAAUAGCAUAAACAAAUUUUCUAUUUUCAUGUAUACAAGCCUUAUAUUAAAUCAACAAGUUUGCUCAUU